GCUUCUCUCUCUCCCCCCUCAUCCCAUCUGAUAGGGUGAUCUUCGGAUGUACCUGUCUCCGCUUUUAAUGUCUUAUCAGCUCCUCCUCUGUCAUAUCGGGAAGGAAGCAUGGCAAGCUUUUUUAGCCUACGGGAAGGGAAUACUGUCUCAGUACUAGCUCCCUUGGUAUUCCUCUCCACAUAAUCAGUUCCGUGCAUACAUACCCAACCACCAACUCCGUUCCUACAUCAUCAUUCAGAUAACGCAAUAGGUCCUUACUUUAUCGUCAGUUCAACCUCUUCAUCCAUCGUGGACAUGUUUUGAUUGAUGGUUUCUCUCUUCACUCUUCAUACCAUCACAUCUGCGCGCGAGUGGUAUCUCUCAACUCUCACUAACCUUCAUCAUGGGUAGAAUCCUGGAUGAAAAGAAAAUGGAGAGCAAUGAACGCACUCCCUUGAUCGCCACGGUCAUCGUGGGCCCCCCUCGACAAAGAUAUCAACACAAUACCAUCCGUCGAUUCUUUACCAUCGCUGCAACGUGCUGCUUGAUUGUCGCCGUCGUCAUCUCCCUUCUCCCCCUGUCUCUCUUUCCUCGACACCACAAACAUUGGCAUCACGACAAGCACCAUGGAGAAUCGUCGGCCAUCACAUACGAAGAACUUCAACAAAUAUUACUCGAUACUCCCAAGGCAGAGAAAGCAAGAGAGUGGAGCAAAUAUUAUACGUCCGGCCCGCAUGUAGCUGGAACAAAUAAAAGCCAAGUUACUUGGACUCAAGAAAGAUGGCAGGAAUUUGGCAUCGAAUCGGAAGUCGUUGCAUAUGACGUGUAUCUCAAUUAUCCUCGUGGUCAUCGCCUUGCCUUGUACGAAAAGACAGCGAGUAAGGACUCCAAGGUCGAAGAAUUGAAGAUCAAAUUCGAAGCUAGCUUGGAAGAAGAUGUUCUGGAAGAAGACGAGACUACUGGUUUGGACACCAGAAUCCCAACGUUCCAUGGAUACUCUGCAUACGGAAAUGUCACUGCACCAUACGUUUACGUCAACUAUGGCACAUACGGAGAUUUCGAAGACUUGGUACGACUCAAUGUUAGCCUGGAAGGCAAAAUCGCCAUUGCAAGAUAUGGUGGAAUUUUCCGUGGACUCAAAAUCAAACGCGCACAAGAAUUAGGAAUGGUUGGAACUGUUCUCUUCAGUGAUCCUGGUGAUGAUGGAUCAAACACUGAGGAACAUGGAGCUAUUGCAUACCCAGAUGGACCAGCCAGAAAUCCAAGUAGUGUUCAAAGAGGAAGUGCUCAAUUCCUUAGUGUUGCACCUGGAGAUCCAACCACAAUAGGAUAUCCUUCGAAACCUGGAGUUCCACGUCAACCCGUCGAUGGCAAAAUCCCUUCAAUUCCUUCCCUUCCAAUUUCUUACGUGGAUGCUUUACCUAUCCUCAAAUCUCUCAAUGGUAUCGGACCUGCGCCAAAAGAUUUAAAUAAGUGGUGGGAUCGAAAUCUUGGCUUGGCAUACAAAGGAGUAGAAUACAACAUUGGUCCCUCACCAGAUAAUCUCGUUCUCAAUCUUGUCAACGAUGUUGAAUAUGUCACCACACCUAUCUGGAAUUUAAUUGGUAUUAUUAAUGGCACAUUGUCAGACGAAGUUAUCGUCAUCGGAAAUCAUCAUGAUGCAUGGAUUGUUGGUGGCGCUGGUGAUCCAAAUAGUGGUUCUGCAGCUCUCAACGAAGUUGUUCGAAGUUUUGGUGUUGCUGUUUCUAGAGGAUGGAAACCAUUACGUACCAUUGUAUUUGCCAGUUGGGAUGGUGAAGAAUAUGGUUUAAUUGGUUCUACCGAAUGGGUUGAAGAAUAUUUACCUUGGCUCAACAAUGCCAAUGUUGCCUACAUCAAUUGUGAUGUUGGUACGAGUGGACCUACUUUCUCGGCAUCAGCAAGCCCUCUUCACAACAAAGCUUUGGGUGAAAUCUUAAGCUUAGUUCAAUCACCCAAUCAAACAAUUCCAGGACAAACCGUCGGGGACCUUUGGAAUGGAGUCAUUAGUACCAUGGGAAGUGGUAGUGACUUUACAGCUUUCCAAGAUUAUGCUGGUAUUCCAUCAAUUGAUCUUGGAUUUGGGCCAGAUGUUAAUCAUGAAGGUGGUGAAAAGGCUGUCUUCCAUUAUCAUUCCAACUAUGACUCAUUCCAUUGGAUGGAUACCUAUGGAGAUCCAGGGUUUCAUUACCAUGAAGCAAUGUCCAAGAUUUGGGCUCUUUACACGGCCAAAAUGGUAGAAACACCAGUCAUUUCUUUCAAUGCUACUGACUACGCAAAUGCAUUACAAGGGUAUAUCAGCAAAACCGAAGCCAAAUUGAACUCGAUCAUGAUUGGAUCCUCUUCUGAAGAACAGGAUGAAGAAGCUCGUUUCCGUCCCUCUAAGAUCGAAACCAAGGGUGAUAUUAAUGCUCUUAAACUUUCUUUCAAAGGUCUCCACAAUCGUGCUACCGCAUUAAAAGAUGCAGCAAUUCGUCAUGAUUCCACUGCCGCUGUUCUUGCUAAACAAGUGGGUCAAGAUAUUCCAUGGUGGAAAAUUGUAUCCAAGAUCAAACUUUACAAUCAAAUUCGAACUGUCAAUGAGAAAUACAAGUAUCUCGAGAGAAACUUUUUAUACCAAGAAGGUUUAGAUGGUAGAACAUGGUUCAAACAUGUUGUUUUUGCACCAGGAUUGUGGACCGGUUAUGCAGGUGCAGUUUUCCCAGGUUUGGUAGAAAGUAUUGAUGCAGAGGAUUACGAUAAUGCAGAGAAAUGGAUUGAUAUUAUUGGGAAAUGUUUGGACAGUGCGGCGGAAUGGUUAGCUUGAAAUGAGGAUUUUGUCACAAGUGAGGGUUGAGACAGACGGACCGCUUUGGUUAGAGAGUUGAUAAUGAUGAUGAAUGGGAUACAUACACGAUGGCUCAGUGGAGGACAUACAGAAACAGUAUAGAAAGCAGACGUAGAGAAGCAUACAGAGAGGUAGAGACUAGAAGCCCUUUUCAUUUCUUUUUUUAUACACCUCCAGGUAGUAGAUAGAGAUUGAAUGAAAAAGGUAGAACAGGCUAGUUUUGAAUAAAACUCUAAACUUCUAUUCGAUUAAUUCAUUUCUUUUUCA